CAGAUGAUUCUUAUCUGUCUUUGAGAUAUUCUUUACCACACACAGCACAAUGUGUGUAUAUAUAUAUAUGCAUUACUCUGCUGAAAGGAGACUAUCUUUCCUUUUCUCUCUGACUAGCUAAGCUAAAAAUGGCCUUCCAAAUAUUUUCUUUAUGUCCUCUUUAUCUUCUACUCGUUGUUGCUCUUCUUUUGCUGAUGGUUUUGGGUAAUGUUGCAUAUGAGUUUACCGACGAUAUUGCAGCCGAACAAGAGGCGGAUCGAGUGGUUAGAUUGCCUGGUCAGCCGGAAGUCAGCUUCAAGCAAUAUGCAGGCUACGUUACUGUUAACGUUUCUCAUGGAAGAGCACUGUUUUAUUGGUUCUUUGAAGCAGCUGAAACACCUGAAGCAAAGCCUCUUCUUCUGUGGCUCAAUGGAGGUCCAGGGUGCUCGUCAAUUGGAUAUGGAGAAGCAGAGGAGAUAGGACCUUUCUUCCCACAAAAACGUCAACCAAAAUUAAAGAUCAACCCUUACUCAUGGAACAAAGCUGCAAAUCUAUUAUUCGUGGAAUCCCCCGUUGGAGUUGGAUUCUCCUACACCAACACCACUCAAGAUAUCAGUGAUUUGGGUGACACAAUUACAGCACAAGAUUCAUACACAUUUCUAGUGAAGUGGUUUCGAAGAUUUCCACAGUUCAAGUCCCAUGAUUUCUACAUUUCAGGAGAAAGCUAUGCAGGACACUACGUUCCACAGCUUGCGGAAGUCAUUUAUGAUAGCAACAAGAAAGUUUCCGGCAAGGAUUACAUCAAUUUCAAGGGUUUUAUGAUUGGGAAUGCGUUAUUAGAUGAUGAGACAGAUCAAGAAGGGAUGAUAGAUUAUGCAUGGGAUCAUGCGGUAAUAUCAGACAGAGUGUACCAUAAUGUCAAGAGCAAAUGCAACUUCAGCCAGAAACCUGAACCCGAUGAUUGCACCAAAGCCCUCAAUGAUUACUUUGAUGUCUACAAUAUCAUUGAUAUGUACAGCUUGUACGUUCCCCACUGUGUCAAUACCAACUUCACUUUUAACAGACAACUCCCUCUUCUUCAAGGCGUUGCCCCUCAGUUGUUCUCCAAAAUUGAAGGUUGGCACAAAAAACCUGCAGGCUACGAUCCUUGUGCAUCAGGCUAUACUGAGAUUUAUAUGAAUAGACCAGAUGUUCAAAAGGCACUUCAUGCUAAUACAACAAAUAUUCCUUAUCCAUGGACGCAUUGCAGUAAAACGAUAACGUUUUGGGAUGACUCUCCAGCAUCAGUUCUUCCCAUAAUAAAAAAGCUAAUAGCUGGAGGAAUUCGCAUAUGGGUCUACAGUGGCGAUACAGAUGGAAGAAUUCCAGUGACUGCAACCAGAUACACGUUAAACAAGCUUGGAUUAAAGACUAUUGAAGAAUGGUCGCCUUGGUAUUUCAAGAAGCAGGUCGGUGGAUGGACCAUUGUGUACGAUGGACUUUUGUUUGUAACAGUUAGAGGGGCUGGUCACCAAGUCCCAACUUUUAAACCCAAGCAGUCUCUUCAGCUUAUCAAACACUUCCUGUCCAAUAAAAAACUGCCAUCUGCACCAUUUUGAUAGUUCUUUACUUUAUUCUUUUUGUUUAAAUAAAAUUCUUUUAUUGAAUUGCCA